CACCGGCUGCUGCUGGAGCAGCGAGGCCGCGACACCGGUGAGACCCGCAGCCCCCAGAACCAGUAUCCCCCGGAGCUGCUGCGACGCUUCGAGCUCUACUUCAAAGCCCCAUCGACAGCCAAAGCCCGCGUGGUCCGCGACGUCAAAGCCGACUGCAUCGGCAAGCUGGUGACCGUCCGCGGCAUCGUCACCCGCGUCACCGAGGUCAAACCCAUGAUGAUCGUGGCCACUUACAGCUGCGACCAGUGCGGAGCCGAGACCUACCAGCCCGAUAGAGGGGGAUAA